AUGGCAGCCAACGUCCUCUCCCUCCCAGCCACGGUCCUCUCGGCCCUCACCAAACUGGCCCUCUGCCCCCUCGUCAGCGGCCCACUCCUGCUAUCCACCACCUAUUUCCCCUCCGCCGUCCGCAAGGCCGUCGACGCCCUCGCCCGCGCGAUCCCAUCACCCGCCAUCGCCGCCUGGCUGACCUCUUUCCCCCUCAACUCCCCCACCCUCCUUACCACCCUCCGCGUGCUGCUCGGCCUGGGUAUCGCACGGACCCUCAACCGCGUGCUCAGCACAGCCGCAGCGAACAACUGGCGGUUAGGCGUAGCACCGGGCUGGGAUGACUGGAAGCAGGAGAUCGCAGUGGUGACGGGGGGUUCAAGCGGGAUUGGGAAAGCCACGGUGGACCGCCUCCUGGCGCUCGGCGUGCGGGUCGCGAUUCUGGACGUGCAAGAGCCGCCAAAGGAGUUGGUCGCCGCACACCCCGCGGGCGUGUUGUUCUUCGUGCACUGCGACGUGACCUCCUCCGAGUCCGUCGCUGCCGCGGCCGCAGCUGUCCGCGCCCACUUUGGCGGCCAACACCCGUCCAUCCUGAUCAACAACGCCGGCGUGGCCAAGCCCAUGCCCAUCCUGCAGACGCAGGAACCGUUCCUGCGUCGCAUCCUAGGUGUCAACCUCAUGUCGAUGUGGUUCACCACGCAGCAGUUCCUGCCGGCCAUGGUGGCGGCCAACAAGGGCCAUGUGAUCACCAUCGCCAGCGUGGCGUCGUUUAUUGGACUCGCCACGGCGGCCGACUACUCGGCUACCAAAGCCGGUGCUUUGGCGUUCCACGAGUCGUUGACUGUGGAACUGAAGCACCAUUACCACGCGCCGCGUGUGCUGACGACGGUAGUGCACCCGAACUUUGUGCAGACGCCGCUGGUGAACUCCUUUGCGGAGCGGCUGAGGGAGAACCGGGUCAAGAUGUUGACGCCGGAGCGGAUCGCCGAGGAGGUGGUCGGGAGGAUUGAGAGCCGCAGGGGCGGGCAGUUGGUGAUCCCGGGGACGUCGACUUUUCUCACUGGGAUUAGGGGUUGGCCGACCUGGGCGCAGGAGCUUGCGCGCGAUGUGGCGGGCCGGGGAUCUGUUGGGAGGAUGCAUCCGCCCACCACCACCGAGAUGGCCAAGAUCUACAUCUGGAUGAUCCUCAAGGGACCCUUCGCGCUCGCACAUUACAUCUUCGACGUCUUGCUUGGCAUAGUCCCGGGCAUGCGCCCAAACCCAGAGUGGACGUUCAACCAAGCCCUACGUGUACGCGUCGUGCGCCUGGCACUCCCCUACAUCUCGCGGCUGCGCCUCGGCCACAAGACACCGCUCAAGCCCAGCUGGGGCCGCGAGCGCAAGCGCUGGGAGGUCAUGCAGCCGGCUCCCGCGGCCGCGUUUGACCGGCCGCCCUUCACCGACGAGCGUGAGCGAGCAAAGGAGGCCAACAACAACAACACCAAAAACGGCCCGGCGCUGUUCGGCCCCGAGCCCGUCGGCGCCACCUGGACGCCCUCCCUGCCCCCUCCCGCAGGCGAGGUCAAACCAACCCAAACAGUAGCCCUGCACUUCCACGGCGGCGCCUUCGUCAUCAAUACCGGCCGCGACAAAGACUCCAAGUUCCUCGGCAAGACCCUCCACAAACACCUCGGCUGCGCCUUCGUCUGUCUCCCACAAUACCGCCUGUGCACCACCGAACCCAGCCGCUUCCCCGUCCCCCUCUACGACGCCGUCACAGCCUACCACUGGCUUAUCCACACCAAGAAGAUCCCCGCCUCCCAAAUCAUCCUCUCCGGCGACUCCGCCGGCGCUACGCUCGCCUUCGCCCUAGCCCGCUACCUAGCCCGCUACGGCGCUGGUUUGGGCUUACCUUUCCCCGCGGCUAUGGCUGUCUGGUCGCCGUGGAUUGAUGUAUCUGCGGGACUGUACCAUGAUAUGCAGCUCACGCCGCAGUACAAGACGGAUUACCUUAACCGGGACUUUGCAAGGUGGGGAGCGGAUGCUGUGUCGGGGUAUGGCACGAUUGAUCCGAAGGGGGAGUGGUUGUCGAUUAUACGGCAUCCGUUUUCGCCGCCUGGGUGGGAGACGGAGGCGGAGACGGAGACUACGGGUGAGAAGGUGACUGAGAGCGGAUCAACGCGGCCCGCGAAGGUGCCGAUUUUUGUGCAGGGGAGCAAUGGGGAGACGUUGUGGGAGGGGAUUGAGGCUACGGCGGAGCGGCUGAAGACGGAGGUGCCUGGGUGGGAGGUCACGUUGGAGGCGUCGCCGGGCCCGCAUGAUAUUAUCCUGAUGGGGGAUAUCAUUGCGUUUGAGGACGAGGUCCGGGAGACGGCGUGGCGGGCGAGAGAGUUUUUCUUGGCGCAUUCGAAGUUGACGCUGCAAGGGGGGCCGAAGAAGGGGGCGGCCGUUUAG